UUCCGCAUUGGUGUCUGUCUCGACAAGUCCAGUUAUUUUUUUAAUUUUUAUUUGGUAGCAAUAAAUGUUCGUGUAACAUUUGAAGUCCAAUGGCUACAAAAAUGCUUUUCGACUUAACGACGUCAGGAUACACAUCCAUAAAAAGAACAAUAAAUGCAGAUGAAAAUCGUUUGCUAACAUCUAUUUUUCAUGAUUGUGACACUGACAAGAAGGGAUUCCUUUCCAGAGAAGACUUGAAAUUUGCAGUUGUGUCUUUGUUUGGAUACAAACCAUCAAAGUAUGAAACAAAUGAAAUUCUGCAGACCCAUGGUGACAUAAUCAUUGAUGGAAAGAAAGGCAUAUCUUUGACAAGUUUCCUUGCUGUCCUUGGUCCAAAGUUUGCGAGUCGAGAUGAAGAUGAUGAAAUAAGACAAGUCUUUCUGGCUUUUGAUAUUCAGUGUCAUGGGUUUUUGACGGUUGAGGAUCUGAUGAAGGUGUUUGGUCAGAUUGCUCCACGUAUACCUGCACACACAGUUGCAGCCUCAUUCAGGGAGCUUGAUCGUGAUGGAGAUGGGAGAAUUAGUUACAAAGACUUUGAGUUCAUGAUGAAAUAUGGGACUGACAGCUGAGUGUGCUGGCCGAUGCUGAAAAUGGUUUACGUCCAAAUGAUGGAAUUUGUUACACAGAGUUGAUAAUGAAGUAUGGUACAGACAGCUGAACUAAUUUCUGUUGAUAAAGCUGCAGAUGCUGAAAACAGUUUUCAGUUCAGAUGGAGGACUGAGUUCAUGCUGAAACAUGGUACAGAUAACUGAACUCAUUUCUGGUGAUGAUGCAGAUGCCAAAAUGGUUUUGAGUUAGGGUGGAAAAAUAAGUUACAAAGACUGAGUUGAGAAUGAAGUAUGGUACAUACAGCUGAACUAAUUUCUAAGGUCAUUCAAAAUGAGCAUGUAGUUGUGGGCUUCAGUGUUAUGUUCAUCCUGUAUAUAGUAGAUCAUAGGGGAUGCCGUGUCAAUCUUCUCAGGAUGUAGUUACAGAGAUGGAGUCACAGAGGAGUUGCUAUACUGUCAAUCAAUAAAGAGCUACUUUAUUUAGAGAACAAUUCUGAAAACCUCGGAUCAGAAAAUGAUGUAGACUUGAGGUUGACAAUGACGUUGAAUAGGACACAUAUCAAUUAAAAUGGAAGGUUAAUAAAAUGUUAACAUUUUA